AUGUUCACCCAGAAGUACUGCCCGUUUGGACACGAGGACCUCCCUCACAAUGUCGCACUCAUUGUGUUUCUGGGCUGCUUUUCAGAAUCCAGAUUGGAGGGUUGGCUGUCCAUUCCUAACCGUGCUAAUAUCAAGCGAUACGGAUGGAAGAAGCAGUAUGUGGUGGUGAGCAGUAAGAAGAUUCUGUUCUACAAUGAUGAGCAGGAUAAGGAACAGUCCAACCCCUCAAUGGUACUAGAUAUCGAUAAAUUGUUUCACGUGAGACCAGUCACACAAGGAGACGUGUACCGAGCGGAGACAGAAGAGAUUCCAAGGAUAUUCCAGAUUCUGUAUGCCAAUGAGGGAGAAUGCAGGAAGGAGGCGGACAUGGAGACGGUCCCUCAGGGCGACAAGACCAACUGUCUCCCACACAAAGGCCACGAGUUCAUCCCCACGUUGUAUCACUUCCCUUCCAACUGCGAGGCCUGCUCCAAGCCUCUGUGGCACGUCUUCAAGCCGCCUCCAGCCCUGGAGUGUCGCCGCUGCCACGUCAAGUGCCACAAGGACCACCUCGACAAAAAGGAGGACGUUAUUGCUCCUUGCAAAGUAAACUACGAUGUGACCUCUGCCCGGGACAUGCUCCUGCUGGCCCUGACCCAAGAUGAGCAGAAGAAAUGGAUUGGCCACCUUGGAAAGAAGAUUCCCAAGACCCCACCAUCCACAUUUUCAAGGGCCUCACCUCGUUCUAUGUCCACUCGCUCGGGACCAAACCAGUCCUUCCGCAAGAACCCUAAAAGCAAUACAGGAAAGCUGAGCAGAGCGCAGUCCAGCCUCCAAGCAGCAGACACAACUUCCAGCACUUGUUGACAGGAACUUCUUCAGAAAGUGUUGAUGUUUUUUGUUUUUUUUAGACUUUUCUCUGCAGCUUUAAACUUGUCUAUUUAUUAAUUGUAUUACUUGGUGUUUCUAACACGAGACACUUCCUGGUUGGUUGGUUGCUUGUUUGGUUGUCUGCUGGGCUCUUUCCAGUUGACACUUGGGAUUUUUCUAAAUGGCACUAAUGUGUUGUUGGUGGGUUCAGUAACUAACUUUUAGACUUACUGUACAACUCUUGUUAGAAUGGUCCACGUAAAGUAUUUUUACAUUACCUGUCAAACAUGCUGCAAAGGUGUAAAUGGUGUUGGAGUGUCUGUAAACCAGCUUUACUGUUGUACGGUGACUUAGAUUGGGUUACUAACCAAGGUAAAGAUAUUGUCUUUCUUUUACUGGACACCCUUUCUCUGUUCUUUCUUUCAGCUAACCAUCUGAACCGUUUGGAUUUUUUUCUGGACUCUAAACUCUCCCUCCUUCCACAUCCUCAAAAAAAAAACAAAAAAAACUGAGAAACCUGUAUUACAUAGAAAAUUCAUUAAAAAUAUAUCGAUAAAUGACCAGCGCUGGAAACUUGCAACACAUGUCAGACACAAUGCAUCACGGACAUUAAGGGGCCUGAUACCCUCAUCCGCCACCUUUCCACAUUCAAGAGAUAACCCUCAUCCAACUCAACAAACUUGCAGCUCUUCACUUCUACCAGAAGAUGGCACACUUGUCUUGAACUGACGAUGGACAUUGGAGCAAUAGAAGGACUCAUGUCAUGGAGACAUUCUGUGUUUCAUAUUAUAUGGCAGUUAUGAUGGAAAUGGAAAGGUAAAUGGGGGUUUUGCUGGGACUCCUGCUAGUAUGUGUUCAGUUUACGGUACUGCCAUACAGGGAUUGCAGAUCUGCAGUGAGUGGUUGUGGCUCAGGGGUGGAAAAUGAAUAUCUAUUUUGUAACCCCCCCCCUUCCACCUGACAGAUACUCGAGCUAAAUGCAAGCAUACUUCUGUUUCCAGCUUAAAAAAUGACUGAUGCCUUCAUCUGCUAUCUCUGGCCUUUUUGCCUUUUAUUCUUAUCACUCUGCAAGUCACUUAUCAGGUUUGGGACAGAGUAUUGGGACAUAAGUAUUAGAUGUUUUGAGUAUUGAGUGAGGAGCAUGCAAGAUCAUCAUUUAAAUCUAUGCAUUAUUUUUUAUUAUUAUUUUUAUUGCUCCAAGCCAUAAGUAAAAUUCCAUUGAGAUGGCAUAUAGGAGUUCUAAAACUUAAUUGAUUUUUUUCUGUUUAUUUGGUACAUUGUCUCUGUAAUAUUUUUUUGUAAUGUAUUGCCUUACAUUGAUUCAUAGAUAAAUGGUUCAAAAGGAAAACAUUAAGUUAACAAAUGUAAAACUGCACUGUUUGAAUUGUAAAUUAUUUGUAGAAGACUAAACAGGUGUAGCAUUUGGCCCACCUAGUGCCUUAACGUUUGGAUAUUGAUUUUACUGCCAUAUCUGUUAUAUAUUUUUUUUUCUCCAAAACAAGACAAAUCUUAACUCUUCCAUCAUUUAUUUUUUAAGAAAUUGCCGCAUAUUUGUGGUUUUAUUGUAACUUCUUUUCUCUGGAUUGAGUAUAUAAAAUAUAUAUAUAUAUAUUAGAUUACCUCUUUAUAGACACAUUGCAAUAGAGUUAGCGUGUCAAAAGAAGUCCCCCAGACUCAGUUCAUAUCGUGACAAAUUUUGGGAUGGUGUACCUAAAGCGAGCCUACCUGUGUCAGUGAUGGUCCUCGUUAACAAUUACAAGUUGUUUCUCUAACUCGGUAAUGUCCCGUUAAUGCAAACCCCCCACAGUGUAUAUAAUGAGAGAGACAUAAGGAUUAUGGAAUACCUCCACAAUCUUUGUAUUUGUAACUUUUUGUUCAGUUAAAAAAGCACUGGAACUAUGAUCUACUCUUGUCUUGGAUAAUUUGCAUGGUUAAUUGCAUUGGAGUCCGCACUGAUGGAUAUGUCAAUAAACAUAUCUUUAUCAUU